AUGAGAGGUGUGGCCUCAACUAAAUCAGAUGAGAAAGACUCAUCUUUUCCCUAUGUACCUCCAGAAAGGAACUGGAUUAUUUCUUCUGGUCAUUCUUCCCUUCCAGAAACUCCAUGUAAUUUUGGAUGGAACUGUUCUUGGAUUAUGUCUGCUAAUAGCUUUGGACAACCUGACUGGCUACUAUCUUCAGUUGUUGCUCUGACUUCUCAAGAAGAUCAACACAUUAUGGACAUAAUUUCAUCCAACAGAGAUCUGGAAGGGGAUAUUCUUCUCCUGAACCCUAGCAGGAUCUUGGAUAGAUGCACAUUCAGCCUCCAUAGUCCAAUCCUGCCAUGGAGCUCCAGUUCAUGUCUGUUGGAGCUAGCAGUAUAUUCCCAGGGCCUCAGUCUUGGAGGCCUCUCUGCUGAAGUGCACUAUGUGGACACAAACCAAAGUAAAGCAAUUCAUCUGCAAGAAGGCCAUGAGGAGGAUGUCUGGGUAAAAUGGAAAAUCUUAAUAGGCUCGAUUGGACAAAUGGAAAGGCCUUUUGAGAUUACUUUGCUGUAUUCAAGUUGUGAUGAAAAGAAUUCUGGGUUUUUGGCGCUGGGAUCAUUGCAACUUCAAAAUUGCCUUCAUGAUAAAGAUCUUUACAGCUUUGAUAAGGGAUCUCCUAUCCCCUGCCCACAUGAGGGCUGUGUCAGCUACCUAGAGGUUUGCAGUUUCUAUUCUGAUUGUCCAACCAAAGAAGAAGAUGAAUCCCUCUGUGAUAGCCUAACAGAGGGGGCACAUUGUUCUUUUGAGGAAGGUGCCUGUGGCUGGACAAUAGAUGGAAAUAUAAAUUCUUCCUGGUCUAUUAGUGAUUUUUCAAGGAUGCACGAAAACCAGAUUGGAGGAUCUGCCUUACAAGCCACUGGAGGUCAUUUUUUGUAUCUGCAUGUCAAUAGUGAACAUACAGAUGGCCUUGCCCGGACAUACAGCACUGACCUUCCAGCCAUUCUUGCCAAUGGAUCCUAUAAGGUCCAAUUCUCAGCAUAUGUUUUUGGCAAUUACAAUGGCACCAUUUCAUUCACUGUACAAGAAGAUGAAGGAGCAACCAAUGGCAGUACGGCACUACAAAUAUGGGAAAAAUCAGGGAGCUGGAGUGAUCAUUGGUUUCUCAUAACUUUGGAAAUGCCAAGCCUUCAGAACAGCUUUCAUCUGGAGCUUCUCGCUAAUUGGGGUUGGAAUUCACAAGCUGAUAUUGCUGUGGACAACAUAACUUUUGGUCUGGACUGCUUCUCUAAUGGAAGAAAACAAAGCCACUCUGAUGGAGAGCAGCACUACUCAUUGGCAAUUGAUAGAUUGGAUGAGCGUCUUUUUAACCCUUUGGAAGAACCUCUUCUUUUAGGAGAAACACCUGUUAAUCUCUGGUGGUUUACAGCCUGUGGGGCUAGUGGGCCUCGAGGACCGACGCAAGCACAGUGCGAUAGUGCUUACCACAACACCAAUAUGUCCGUGACUGUGGAAAAAGAGGGACAUCUACGAGGGGUACAAAUCUGGAAAGUGCCAGUGUCAAACCGAUAUACGAUUUCAGCCUACGGAGCAGCUGGAGGGAAGGGAGCCAAGAACCACAACAAACGGUCCCAUGGGAUUUUUAUCUCAGCUAACUUCCAACUGGAAAAAGAUGAGCUCCUCUACAUGUUGGUGGGGCAACAAGGGGAAGAUGCCUGCCUAAGGAUUAAUUAUCACACUAAGCAGAUUUGCCUGGGGGAAUCCUCAGAAAUUGAAGAAGAAUACAAAAAAGCGAAGGGACUGACUGAAUGGGCUGGAGGAGGGGGCGGGGGUGGAGGAGCCACCUAUGUAUUUCGACAGAAGGAUGGAGCUUUUGAACCUUUGCUUGUUGCGGCAGGGGGUGGAGGAAAGGCUUAUCUGAAGGCGCAGGAGAGCGCCCUGGACGAUGCGUUCUUGGAACAAUAUGUGAACAGCUCGGCAAUACCUGGGGUCAAUGGGAGAACUGGAGCAGCAGGGGGAGGUGGUGGUUGGGAAGAUAUUACUCAGUUUCCCUGGGCUGGAAAAUCACUUCUGGAAGGUGGAGAAGGUGGUGAGGCCUGCCAACAAGCAUUAGAGAAACUCCAGUGGGCCACUUCUGGUGGUUUUGGUGGUGGUGGAGGAGCUUGUACAUCUGGUGGAGGAGGAGGAGGCUACAAAGGUGGACAUGCUUCUGAAACAGAUGACAUUACAGCUGAUGGGCAGUAUGGGGAAUCCUUUGUAAAUCCAAUGGGGGAGAUCUUCUUGAGCCCUCUGGCAGUUAUGGAAAGUCACGGUGAAGUAGUCAUUGAAGUCUAUGUGAAUUGCAGCCAUUGUCAGUCAGGUAUCUGCAAACAAGAGCCUGGCAGUCACUUACCUGUCUGUAUUUGUUCAGCGGGGGCCAUCUUGGCUAAUGACAACGUUUCCUGCACAGUUAUCCGGGAACCCAUUCCAGAAGAGCACUUGCCUCUUCCAUUCCUCUUGACAGUGAUUGCUGUGAUUGUGGUGCUUGUUAUGAUUCUCACUUGUGGUAGCCUAUCAAUUGUUUAUCAUCGAAAGAAAAAGAUGCUAGAAGGAACCAGAGCCCAUCUGCAGAAUCCAGAUUAUAACCUAAGCAAAAUCCGUACUUCUACCAUCAUGACAGAUUAUAACCCCAAUUACAGCUUUGCAGGAAAAACGGCCACUCUCAGUGAACUUAAAGAGAUUCCACGAAAGAAUAUUUCUCUACUUCAGGAACUUGGACAUGGGGCAUUUGGUGAAGUUUACAAAGGAACAGUAGUAGGAAUCACAGGAGAUUCCAGUCCUCUACAGGUGGCUAUCAAGACAUUGCCAGAAAUUUCCUCAGAGCAGGAUGAGAUGGAUUUCCUAAUGGAAGCACUGAUAAUCAGUAAGUUCAGUCACCAGAAUAUAGUGCAGUGCAUUGGGGUGAGCCUACAGACAUUGCCUCGUUUUAUCCUUUUGGAAUUGAUGACUGGAGGAGACAUGAAGAGCUUCCUACGGCAAAAUCGUCCUCGGGAGAAUCAACCAUCCGCUUUGACGAUGCUGGAUUUGCUAAACAUUGCCAGGGACAUUGCUUGUGGUUGCAAAUAUCUUGAGGAGAACCAUUUCAUUCACCGGGACAUAGCUGCAAGGAAUUGCCUUUUGACUUGUUCUGGUUCUGGGCGAGUAGCCAAAAUCGGUGACUUUGGAAUGGCCCGAGAUAUCUAUAGAGCAAGCUAUUAUCGGAAAGGUGGGAGAGCCAUGCUUCCGGUCAAGUGGAUGCCUCCAGAAGCUUUCCUGGAAGGCAUCUUCACUUCCAAGACAGAUACCUGGUCCUUUGGAGUGCUGCUUUGGGAAAUUUUCUCCUUGGGCUACAUGCCUUAUCCUUGCAAAACCAACCAGGAAGUAUUAGAGUUUGUUACCAGUGGAGGAAGAAUGGACCCUCCCAAGAACUGCCCUGGACCUGUCUAUCGGAUCAUGACACAAUGCUGGCAGCACAGUCCCGAAUACCGUCCAAAUUUCUCUACAAUCCUGGAAAGGAUCAAGUACUGCACACAAGACCCUGACGUGAUCCAUACCGAAUUGCCCAUUGAAUGCAGCCCUAUACCAGAGGAUGAAGGAAGCACUGUGCUACAUCCAAAUAGCAACACAGGGAUAGUUCCUUUGCUUGGGAAUCAGUGCCCUCAGAUAAGCCACCAAGCAAUUGAAGAACAUGAUUCUGGGAACAAAUAUGGACAAUGUCCCCAAGAGCUAUUAGUGGAGAACCUUAGUAACUGGAGAGCAAGAAGACCCAGCUUGCCACGUUUCAAUUAUUCCAGCAGUGGGGCUUGGGCUCAACCAGUCUUAAACCAGAAACUGGAUUCCACAAGUCAGCCAGCACAUAAGUUGAAGAACAAAACCAAAAACCUUUGGAAUCCAACAUAUGGAUCCUGGGUGAUGGAGAAUAAUUGCCAAUCCAGUCCCAGCUCUAAACUCAACACAAUGCAAGAGCGAGAAGAUUCUGGAUUUGAUGGGACUUAUAGCCCCUCCCCUACUUCUCGGGCAUCCCCUUCAUCUCCAAGUCAGAACCAUUCUCCUCACAUUGAUAUUGGCGGGAUUGAACUGGUGAAGCUGCAGAAUUUCCCUUGCGGCAAUGUGAAUUAUGCUUAUGACGACCUCUGCUAUGAAAUAGGUCACCCUUCACCUUUGGCUGCAGAGCCAGCCACGGUCAUUAGGAGUGGAAGUCUGCACAGGGAUAGCAAGUUUGUUUUCAAGACAGAGAAAACCUCAAGGGAGAGAGAUUCUGGUCUCUCCUUGUCUGAUGAUCUGAAUGUUACUCCUAUGUAACAGGGGAUGCCGAAGAAUCAUAUCUUCAACUUUG